GGCGCGCGUAGACGCACGUCGCGUUGCUCGGCGCGGAGAACUAAAUAGCACGGAGACAGAAAAACUCUCCUCCAACUUUUCAGUGUCUACGAUUUCGUUUGUUCUUUUUUUAAAUUUUGGAAUGUUUUGAAACUUUCCGUAGAAUUUUUAAGAUGAGUGUUGAGUUUAUGAAGUUUUUGAAAAAAGAAACUGAACAUGAUCGAAAUCAAGAUGAAAACCAAUGGAUGAAAACGAGAAAAUCUCAUCGCUCCAAACGAUUUAAUUCACGAAAAGCUCGCGCGAAACGUCAAACAGAUACUUCAAGAGACGUCACAGACACGACGCGCCGUCCACAACCCCUUUCAUCUCGAAUAUCAGCAGUUUCAGAAUGGAGUGGGGCUACCGGUGGGCCCCCGGCGGAGGUAAUCUUGCGGCUUCAUCCCACGCCAGUCACAACAUAUCCAGCGCCGCAAAUCACAGGCAACUUAUCCAUUACAGAAUUGGACGGCAGCGCGAUAGUAGUUCGCGCUGAAGAAGCGUUAAUAGUAGCAUUCGUUCUUCUCCUAUGGGUGGCAGCGAUCGCUCUCUUCUUCAACCGCUGGGGCAAGAUCAGGUGCGUCUAUAAGCUAAUGCUAGAACCAUAUCAACCUAAGUUUCAACAACAACAUCGGCAAAGCUGUGUUCUCGCCGAAAACACUAUCACCGUACCACCACUUCAUAGAGCAUCACUGUCGAGAGGCUGUGUGUCAUACGACUGCGGUGGAGCCUUUUCCGCUUAUCAGCCCUGUGGUUACCUUUCCCAUCGGCCUAGACAGAACUCCGUCUUCGUCGGCAGCAUGGGCGGUAUGGCUCUCAUACCAGAAAGUCCACCACGCAGAUCGCGGUCCGCUGCAGACCUUCCAGCCUUAACCACACCCUCAGACCACGUUCCUACCACGUCUAGGUCAUCCAGGGCCGCCAGCCUUCACACUGUUGACCUAAGAGUGCGUGUACCCUCACCUCGCGCUUCAAGAGCUGGCAGUCUGCAUUCAGCUGACAUUCCAACUGUACAAGUACACGUUAGAGGUUCUAGUACUAAUAUCAAUAGACCUAGGAGUCCUAGACGACUAACCAUUACUAAUGUCUAGAAUUGUAUUAUAAUGUAACGGACCAAUUCAAUUUAUGUAUGCACUGUGGAAAUGAAGCUUUAUUUUUCUAUAAAACAAAUUCUAAAUUUAAGAUUAUUAAGUCUUUCAAGUAGAGUAGCGUCCUUAUAUCUUUCUCCAUAUCCAAUUAUAUAUUCUAUAUAAUUAUUCUAAGCAUCAGAACUAUAUUUUAUUCUAAACUGGGGAUGCUCGAUGAUCAUCGAUGUUAGCUCACGGCCUCCCACACGACCAAUGCAACUUACGAAACAAAUUAUGUCUUCUAUGAACGCAUCCACAAAUCGCGUUUAUUAAAAUUUUGAACGCGUAUCCAUUCUUUGCGCCCAGCCUUGCGAUUCUGUAACUGACA